AUAAUUGAAUCUUCUUACACUCUUCCGCGCUUGGCUAUUCAAAGCCAUAAAUAAAUUCGCACAUUCCAUAACGUAUUCAGGCACCUCUCCUUUGCUCGUCAUUCUUUCUAUCUCCUCUCUCUCUCUGGGUUUUUUAUUCUGUUUAAUCAUUAUACAAAGAUAACUAUAGUCUAUAUAUAUAGAGAUAUUUCUCCUCUCUUCACCUAAUUCUAUUAAGAUUUAGUAUUUGAGUUUGUUUCAAACUUUUUAUUUUUUAAACUAUUGUGGUUUCCUUGAUGUAUUAGUCACGUUAUCCUCAGAGCUAUAAAUAUUUUAUAAAAAAAUUCGCAAUGAAGAUGUAGAUAAAUUAUUAAGAAAAAAAAAAUACAUUAAAAGCCCUAAAAGACCUAGAAAGUAACCCUUUCUUACUUGGAUGACACAUCAUCAUUAGAUUUGUCAAUGUGAUCUUUUUUUUAAUUGAAUGUUAAAUUUAAUUUAAAGAAAAAAGAUUGUUUUUACAGCAAGUGCAUCAUCUUUAGAAAAUUAUAUAAAGUGUAGAUAUUUUAUUGGUUGUUCUGUUCCGGUCUGGUUACCCAGCCCAUUUCAAGUUUGAGUAAUAGAAUGACCGUUUGAUGUCAAAAAAAAAAAAAAUCAACUCAGCCUUGUAUCAAACCAUGUCGCCAUUCCUCCCUCAAAAUCUUUGUCUCCCUUCUUCCUAAUAAUAGUGAACUUGUUCCUCAUUGUUUUGUCAAUUUUCUUGAUCAAAACUAUAGAUGGUGAUGAAACUUCCCCAUGCCUUCUUUGGUUUAUCUCCCUCCAAAUAGUAUAUGGACCGUCACCUGGAAUACAUAUCUCAAAAUGAAAAGCCGGAUUCUGCUCCAAUUCAAACCAUCUGAGGCAAUCCAUAUAAGCCUUUCCCAAUCAACCGAGAACUGAUCUUCCAUUAAUCCCUUCAUCAAACUCUCCCAUAUUUGCUCUGAGUAUGAGCAUUCAAAAAACAAUGUGAUCUUCUUAGACUCGGCUCCAUUCUUAAUUUCUUUUUUGACUAAAAGGCUUUCGACUCGGCUCUAUUCUUGCUUGUCAUCAACUCCAACAAGGCAAAAAAACACUAGGCAUUGGCUCUAUGGAGUCUCCCGUUGCUGAACGAUGAUCGGUCUUGCGUUUUACCGUCCUAUACUCCUAGGUUGUUUUUCAAUGGGAUGAAUGAAACAAACAAUCAUAAAACGUUUCUUGCGGUUUCUGGUGGGCUUUUUGGAGAUUCCAUUAAUAGGUCUUCGUCAAAAUGGUAUAAGUAUAUAUAUUUUUUAACUGGCCCUCGUCAACAACUCAACAUGGUAUAAGUAUAUCAAAAGUCAAAAUAUUUGUUAAAGUGAAAAUUUUAAUAUUAUAAUAACCUCAUAAUCAAUAUGCCAAUCCAAUCAUGCCAUCAUCAUGCAUUGCACGAUCUCCAUGUAGAUAAUAAUAAUAAAUGGGCAAAUCGAGAGAAAUAUGAAAACAGUAGGGGUAUAAGCAUAAAUUAGCAAAAGUAAAAGAAGUGAACGUGACAAGGACUGGAAGCAUAAAAUAUUGAAAAUAUAAAUAUACUUCCGUCUCUCUGACUGCUUCUUCCUCGGAAGAAUCACAGAACACUCGCAGAAAAAAACCACAGAGACAUGAAAACAAUAACAAUAACAAACACAUCCGCUUCCGUACAGUCUUCGUCAUCAAGUUUCUGCUCUCUCCCGCAACGACGUGCUCUCCUCUAUCUCACUCCUCUCUUUUUAUCUUCCCCAUUCUUCACAUUUACCUUUGAUCAUCGUCGUCAUCAUCAUCAUCAUCUUCAUCUCAUAUGGAUUAUCGAAUCAUCAAAGAAGAAGCCGAGGAGGAGGCGUUGGCCUCUCUCGCCCCUCCCCCUCCGCAUCGCAAGACGCAAUCAUUCAACCAACAAUUCGACGAGAAGCCGCCGCACCACCAGAUCCGCAAACACAGCCUCGACGAGGUCCGUAGAUCCUCCACGCUCGCAUCCGCAACCGAAUCCGCCGUCUACUUCGACUCCUCCGACGACGAAUUCUCCACCGGAGGAGCCAUCCUCAGCGGAGACAGCUUCUUCGACGGAAGCAGCGCCGGCGAGGAUUACUCCGUCGUCACUCCUCCUCCCAACGCCCUCGUCGGAGACGACUCCGUCGAGUCCCUCCCGGAGUUCAUCGGCGCGGGAGGCGGCGCCGGGAUAUUCAAGGUUCCGGUACGCGCGGCGGUGCAUCCCGGCCGGCCGCCGUGUCUGGAGCUGAGGCCGCACCCUCUCAGGGAGACGCAGACGGGGAGGUUCUUGAGGAACGUCGCUUGCACGGAGACGCAGCUGUGGGCGGGUCAAGAGAACGGCGUGAGGCUCUGGAAGUUAGAAGAUGCUUACGUGGCGGGUUGUGGGGUCGGCGGGGGAGUAGAGCGAGGGGAUGAGGAUACGGCGCCGUUUCGUGAGUCUGUUGCUACUUCCCCUACUUUGUGUUUGGUGGCUGACGAAAGCAACAAGGUUCUGUGGAGCGGUCACAAGGAUGGGAAGAUCCGGGCUUGGAACAUGGAUCAGCAUGAUGAUGAUUCGGAUCCGUUCGAGGAGCGAAUCUCGUGGCAAGCUCAUCGCGGUCCAGUGAACUCAGUUGUCAUUAGCUCUUAUGGUGAUAUGUGGUCAUGUUCUGAAGGAGGUGUGAUCAAAAUAUGGCCUUGGGAUUCGUUAGAGAAAUCUCUUCUACUUAAACCUGAGGAGAAACAUAUGGCUACGAUGUUAGUGGAGAGGUCUGCCAAUGACCUCAGGAGCCAAGUUACUGUCAACGGGACAUGCAGCUUAUCUUCCUCAGAAGUCAAGUACUUGUUAGCCGAUUCAGUUAGAGCUAAAGUGUGGGCUGUCCAGUCACUCUCAUUCUCUAUCUGGGAUGCUAGGAGUAAAGACCUUUUGAAAGUCUUCAACGUCGACGGACAAGUCGAGUGUCGUGUAGACACGCCCCAUGUACAAGACCAGCAAGUCGACGACGAGAUGAAAAUGAAGUUCUUCUCACCUUCCAAAAAGGAAAAACCACAGGGGUUUCUCCAGCGAUCGCGUAACGCCAUAAUGGGAGCUGCUGGAGCUGUACGCAGAGUCGCCAGUAGAAGUGCAGGAGCGUUUUUAGAAGAUACAAGAAAAACAGAAGCUAUCGUCUUAGCUGCGGAUGGAACGAUUUGGACAGGAAGCAUGAGCGGUCAAAUAGUCCAGUGGGAUGGAAACGGGAACCGCUUGAGGGAUGUGAACCACCACCACAGACCCGUUUUGUGCUUUUGCACGUUUGGUGAUCGAAUCUAUGUUGGUUACGCGAGUGGUUACAUCCAGGUAUUGGAUCCUGAUGGGAAGUUGAUUGCAAGCUGGGUUUCGCAUAAUGAACCUGUGAUAAAGCUUGCAGCAGGUGGUGGUUUCGUUUUUAGUUUGGCUAGUCAUGGUGGAGUACGAGGGUGGUAUGUGACAUCUCCGGGACCGUUGGAUAAUAUUAUCCGAACUGAGCUGUCUCGGAAGGAAAGUUCUUACGCCAGACAAGACAAUGUUAGGAUUUUGAUUGGUACGUGGAACGUUGGCCAAGGACGGGCUUCACACGAUGCGCUGAUGUCGUGGUUGGGAUCUGUUACUUCAGAUGUUGGCAUUGUCGUUGUUGGGUUGCAAGAAGUGGAGAUGGGGGCAGGUUUCCUUGCUAUGUCUGCUGCUAAGGAAACGGUUGGACUUGAGGGAAGUGCUGUGGGGCAAUGGUGGAUUGAUGCAAUUGGAAAAGCACUUGAUGAGAAUAACACUUUUGAGCGUAUGGGUUCAAGGCAGUUGGCAGGACUUCUAAUAUCUCUUUGGGCGAGGAAGGAGAUUAGAACACAUGUUGGAGAUCUUGAUGUUGCAGCAGUCCCUUGUGGCUUUGGCCGUGCCAUUGGCAACAAGGGAGGUGUGGGUCUGAGAAUCAGAGUUUAUGACCGAAUCAUGUGCUUUGUGAACUGCCACUUGGCUGCACAUUUGGAGGCAGUUAACCGCAGAAACGCUGAUUUCAAUCACAUUUUUAGAUUAAUGGUAUUCUCACGAGGACAUAAUCUAAGUAACGCAGCAGCUGGUAUGGUGCAGUUCCUGUUUAUGUCUUGCUCACUUGGCUUAUCCACAUAUUUAUUCUGGCUGCUUUACUCUUCUGGUUUGCCGUGGGCCCUCUCUCUUGCAGCUGGCGUCUCCACAGCAGCUUAUACACUCAAGACUACCACUAGUCCAAGCAUUGGCACUGAAGAAGCCAAGUCUGAUUUAGCAGCAGCAGACAUGAUAGCAUUUUUCGGAGAUUUUAACUAUAGGCUGUUUGGUAUAACCUAUGAUGAAGCGAGAGACUUCAUUUCCCAACGGUCCUUUGACUGGCUUAGAGAAAGAGACCAACUUAGACAGGAGAUGAAGUCUGGAAAAGUCUUCCAAGGAAUGCGUGAGGCAUUAAUCACUUUCCCUCCCACUUACAAAUUCGAAAGGAAUCGUCCAGGCUUGGGAGGAUAUGAUUCAGGGGAGAAAAAACGAAUACCUGCAUGGUGUGACAGAGUUAUAUACAGGGACACUCAAUCAAGCCCGUUCUCACAGAGCAACUUGCAAUGCCCUGUAGUUUCAUCGGUUAUAAUGUAUGAAGCUUGCAUGGAUGUUACCGAGAGCGAUCACAAGCCCGUGCGAUGCAAGUUUCAUGCGACCAUAGCUCACGUUGAUAAGUCUGUGCGGAGACAGGAGCUGGGGAAUAUAAUAAGGUCCAAUGAGAAGAUAAGAUCCAUACUAGAGGAUCUAAAAUUUGUUCCUGAAACAAGUGUGAGCACCAACAACAUUGUACUUCAGAGCCAGGACACUGUCAUACUAACAAUCAGAAACAAUUCAACCACAAGCAAAGCCAUUUUCAGCAUUCUCUGCGGUGGCCAGGCUAUAGUUAGGGAUGAUGAUGGUGAAGAGUCUGAUUAUACUCCACGAGGCUCCUUUGGUCUACCUCGCUGGCUUGAGGUUUCGCCAGCAGGUGGAAUAAUUAAACCAGAAGGAUCAGUGGAUGUGAAAGUUCAUCACGAAGAGUUUUACACGUUGGAAGAGUAUGUUGAUGGUAUCCCACAGAAUUGGUGGUGUGAAGAUGCUAGAGAUAAAGAAGCAAUCCUGAUGGUGAACAUUCGAGGAAGCUGCUCAACUACAUGGACUAGCCACUCUGUUAAAGUCCGUCACUGCUACUCAGGCAGAGUAUGUCUCCUUGAUCCAAAACCCAUAAACCUUACAAAGAACCUAGGCGGUUCACGUCGCCAUCCAACGGAUACUAGACGGGGUAAAAGCCGGUGAUGAGCUCUUGUAACACUGACACUUAUGAGUUAUUACUAGAUCUUAGAGCAGAAGAACAAACAAAGCCAUCACAUAAAGAAAAUGAAUGAGGUGAAGAAUUGCUUUUAUUCAUUCUUUAAUUUGACUCUUUGGAGAAUCCAUUUUGUGUAAGAAACUGUAGAUUUAUUUUGAGACCAUCUUCAGGUAGGAUCGUAUUCAACUUUUGACUCUCCCCACUUGAAUCUAAAUGGUUUAAGUAGUCUUGUGUAAACAUUUGUUACUUAUUGAGACUUAGUCUAAGAGUGCAUACAUUCUCUU